AUGGCUUCGAUCGACUUGGGCGCAGAGUUCAAUGAGUCUGGACCCGAGGUUCGGGAAGUCAGCAGCAACGUCUCGAAGCCGACGAAGCGUCAACGAUGGGCAACCCAACGGAAAGCCGGCCCAGGCGGCAUGCGAAAGCGUGUCUCCAUCAUGGAUCGCUUGCAUAAAAACUCAGAUGGGAAAGAGGAGAAGAAAUUGGCUGCGACGACCUCCCCCACGUCGAUUGAAUCCCCUCCUACAGAGCAAUCAACCACGGAAACCCCUCCGGGGUCGAACAGUCGAAGAGUCUACUUCAAUAUCCCGAUCCCAGAAAGCGAACGAGACGAAGAUGGCCAUCUAAAAGCAGCAUACCCAAGGAACAAGAUUCGAACAGCAAAAUACACAGCGUUGUCUUUCAUCCCCAAAAACAUUUGGUUUCAAUUCCAGAACAUUGCGAAUAUCUAUUUCCUCUUCAUCAUCAUCCUCAGUUUUUUCUCGAUCUUCGGUGUCGAUAGCCCUGCCCUUAAUACCGUUCCCUUAGUCGUCAUCGUUGUACUCACCUCCAUCAAAGAUGCCAUCGAAGACUUCCGACGCACAGUCCUCGACAAUGAGCUUAACAAUUCGCCGGUAUAUCGAUUGGUUGAUUGGAGCAACGUGAAUUCGACCGAGGACCAUGUCUCUAUGUGGCGUCGUAUCAAAAAAGCGUCCACCCGGGCGACCGUUUACACAUACCGGGCCUUGAAGGGCCUUUUCCAGAAUAAAAGUGCAUCCCAACAACAAAUGAAAGACAACCGACGACUGACCUUUAUGACGACGGUGUCCCCGCGCGGAUCGAUGUCCUCCGAACGCGACGAAGAAGACGCUAUCCAGAUGACUCCUGUUUCAUCACCGACACCAGAGGCGCGCCCGGACUGGCCACUCCCAACCGCAGAUGAUAGCCAAUUCUUGCAUCCGGGCAAGUCUGCCCAGGAUAGCAUAGCUACACCAGCUGGCUCCGCUAACCCCCCACGGAAAGGCGGCAGCGUGGUGGACAUGUCAAAACAAACGCUCGGCAAAGCUAGGUUCAAGCGCGACUUCUGGAAGAACAUUCAGGUCGGAGACUUUGUUCGAUUAUACAAUGGAGAUCAGGUCCCAGCCGAUGUCAUAUUAUUGUCGACUUCCGACCAGGAUGGCGCGUGUUACGUCGAAACGAAGAGUUUGGACGGAGAAACAAACCUGAAAGUCCGACAGGCUCUCAACUGUGGUCGUCAGGCCAGGCAUGCCAGGGAUUGUGAGAAAGCAGAAUUCGUGAUCGAUAGUGAGGCCCCGCAUGCCAAUCUGUAUGCCUACAACGGAGCCCUGCGUUGGGACCAGCGAGACCCGGAUUACCCAGAUGCCCCUCGUAGGGAAAUGGUCGAACCGAUCACAAUCAACAAUAUGCUCCUGCGUGGAUGCUUUCUCCGCAAUACCGAAUGGGCGUUGGCUGUUGUUGUCUUCACUGGAGAGGACACCAAAGUGAUGCUGAACUCGGGCGAGACUCCCUCAAAAAAGCCAAGGCUCGCCAAGGAUUUGAAUUGGAACGUCAUCUACAACUUCAUCCUUCUAUUCAUCAUGUGUCUUAUCUGUGGUAUUGGUAACGGGAUUAUUUGGGGCUCACCUAACGCGUCCUUGGACUACUUUGACUAUGGGUCCUACGGAAGUACUCCUGCAGUCACCGGUCUUAUCACGUUUUGGGUUGCCGUCAUUCUAUUCCAAAACUUGGUCCCCAUUUCGCUCUACAUCUCCCUCGAGAUUGUUCGCACGAUCCAAGCUGUGUUUAUCCACAGUGAUGUGUUCAUGUAUUACGACAAGCUGGGGAUGUCAUGCAUACCGAAGUCAUGGAAUAUUUCCGAUGAUGUCGGUCAAAUCGAAUACAUCUUUUCGGACAAAACCGGCACGCUAACCCAAAACGUCAUGGAUUUCAAAAAGUGUACCAUUAACGGAGUCUCAUACGGCGAGGCGUUCACAGAAGCCCAGAUUGGCAUUGUCCGGCGAGAAGGAGGCGACGCUGAUGCCGAAGCCGCCAGGGCCCGGGAAAAGCUUGCGGCAGAUACCGCCGAGAUGGUCGACCUGCUUCGCGAAAUGUAUGACAAUCCCUACCUACGCGAGGAUGCCUUGACCUUUGUGGCGCCAAAAUUCGUUGCAGAUUUGGGCGGCCGAUCCGGAGAAAAACAACGAAAGAUCACAGAACAGUUCAUGGUCGCUCUUGCGGUAUGUCAUACGGUUAUCACUGAGCAUACGCCCGGUGAUCCUCCGCAAAUUGAAUUCCAGGCACAGUCGCCCGAUGAGGCUGCUCUAGUAAGUACGGCCAAAGACUGUGGUUUCACUCUUCUGGGGCGAUCGAACGAUGACCUCAUUGUGAACGUCUUGGGUGAAGAGAGGACGUACACGGUUCUUAAUACCUUGGAAUUCAAUUCAACAAGAAAGCGAAUGAGUGCAAUCAUCCGCAUGCCUGAUGGCAGUAUCCGGCUCUUUUGCAAGGGUGCUGAUAGUAUUAUCUAUUCGCGCCUGGCCCCAGGCAAGCAGCAAGAGCUUCGCAAGAAAACGGCCGAACACUUGGAGAUCUAUGCCAAUGAAGGUCUGCGGACAUUGUGCAUCGCAGAACGAGAGCUUAGUGAAGAGGAGUAUCGCGCCUGGAGCAAGGAACAUGAUCUGGCAGCAGCAGCACUUACAGAACGUGAAGAGAAGCUCGAGCAAGUGGCGAGUGAUAUAGAGCAGGAUCUUAUGCUGAUCGGUGGUACGGCAAUUGAGGACAGACUGCAAGAUGGUGUCCCGGAUACAAUUUCUUUGCUAGCAGAUGCAGGCAUCAAGCUAUGGGUUCUCACUGGUGACAAAGUUGAGACUGCCAUCAACAUCGGUUUCUCAUGCAAUCUCCUGGAUAAUGAAAUGGAGCUGAUCGUCUUCAACAUACCUACUGAUCAGGCACAACGCGCAUCGCAGGAGCUUGAUAAUCAGCUUCGUCGCUUUGGACUUACCGGGUCAGAUGAAGAGCUCCUUGCUGCUCGUCAAGAUCAUUCACCGCCAGCACCAACACAUGCCGUUGUCAUUGAUGGCGAGACUCUUAAGUUGAUGCUUGGAGAUGAUUUGAAGCAGAGGUUCCUUCUUUUGUGCAAACAGUGCAAGUCUGUUCUGUGCUGUCGAGUCAGCCCCGCGCAAAAAGCAGCCGUCGUGCGAAUGGUGAAGAACGGUCUUAAUAUCAUGGCCCUUUCUAUCGGUGACGGUGCCAAUGAUGUUGCCAUGAUCCAGGAGGCUGAUGUUGGUGUUGGUAUCCUUGGUGAAGAAGGUGGGCAAGCAGCUAUGUCUUCUGACUAUGCCAUCGGGCAAUUCCGAUUUUUGCAGCGACUUGUUCUUGUUCAUGGAAGGUAUUCCUACCGGCGUAUGGCCGAAAUGACUGCAAACUUCUUCUAUAAGAAUUUGGUGUGGACGCUUGCUCUCUUUUGGUACUCAUUCUACAAUGGAUUCGAUGGCUCUUACCUUUUCGACUAUACCUACAUUGUUUUGGUCAACGUUGCAUUCACAUCGUUGCCCGUUAUCCUGAUGGGUAUUUUCGAUCAGGAUGUCGAGGACAAGGUCGCAUUAGCCGUGCCCCAGCUGUAUAUGAGAGGAAUCGAGCAGAAGGAAUGGUCACAACUCAAGUUCUGGCUAUACAUGCUCGAUGGCUUUUACCAGUCGGUCAUUUGCUUCUUCAUGCCGUACCUUUUGUACAGUCCGGCAACGUUCGUGCACUCGAGUGGGUUGAACAUCAAUGACCGAACCCGAAUGGGCGUCCUCGUUGGCUGUAGCGCAGUUCUUGCGAGCAACACCUACAUUCUGAUCAAUUGCUUUCGUUGGGACUGGUUGACCGUCCUAAUUAAUGUCGUCAGCUCCCUUCUUAUCUUCCUUUGGACCGGCAUCUACUCUUCAAUUCAAGCUUCAACCACCUUCUACAAUGCCGGUGCUCAAGUUUUUAGUGCUCUGGCCUUUUGGGUGGUUCUAUUGAUGACAGUCACGAUAUGCCUUCUUCCGAGGUUUACAGUCAAGGCGUUCCAAAAGGUUUUCUUUCCUCUUGAUGUGGAUAUCAUUCGCGAGCAGGUCUCGAAAGGCGACUUCAAAUACCUUGAGCAGUAUGAAGGGUCCGUUCCGCCGAAGGCAGCCGCAAAAGCGGCAUCUCAAGCCUUCAGUGACGAAUCGUCGACUUCUUCAGACUUUGUGAAGCCUAUCCAGCCCACAAUGAAGCGUGAUCCAUUCUCAGACGAACAGCGGGUGUACUCUCCUUCGUUUGCUCCGACAAUACAUACCCACCGACCGCGGAGCAAAAAUGGAAGUAACGGAACAACUUACGCGUCUAGCCUCGACACGACACGACUUCCUCAUCCGCAGCCAGUGGAUUAUGUCCAAUCGAACGAGCAAACGCGGCACUCGUUUGAAAUAGUGCAACCCAAUUUCAUGGCGGCCCAGGAGUUUGCCUCAACCGACAUGCUGACCAGAGAGUCCUCAUUCGCCGGUGUCCAGGAACCGCACAGUCCUCUGAAGAGCCCUCACGACCCUCCAUUCCAUGCCAUAUAA